UCUGGUGGUGGUGGUGGCAGGAGGUUGGGUUGGCUGUGGACAUUCACUAAUAAUAGUCAAAUAUUAGAGCGCAGUAUUUGCGUAUCAUUUUUCAAUUUAAGACCCAUGGUUUCUGGCCAUUUUCGAACAGUUCUCGCCGAGAAGUUGUGCGGUGACAGUCUCUCCUUUGAUACAGGAUGGAAAUAUCGGAGCCUAGCAUUGGCAUCUUCUACAUUAGCAAGCUGCUUACCCUGGCGCCAUAUGCGACGCGCAAGAACUCCAAGGGUCAAUAUGAGAUACGUCGCAGUUGGAUAUUGACGUUCUAUUCGGCCUCCCUGACCGUUGGAAUGGUAUUUCUGACCUAUCGGGGACUAUUGUUUGAUGCCAAUGCGAAAAUACCGGUGCGAAUGAAGUCGGCAACGUCAAAGGUGGUAACGGCCCUGGAUGUGUCUGUUGUUGUGCUGGCCGUUGUAUCGGGCGUUUACUGUGGUCUCCUCAGUCUGCGCGAAACCAUCGAACUAAAUUCUCGUUUACAUAGGAUUGACAACACUUUGAAUGCCUGCAAUCACUCCAGGAGGGACCGAUGGCGAGCCUUGGGUAUGGCCAGUGUUUCUCUGUUGACUAUAUCCGCGCUCCUCGGUCUGGAUGUGGGCACAUGGAUGCGCAAAGCCGAGGAGAUGAAUAUCGCCGAUUCCGAUACGGAGCUCAAUGUGCACUGGUAUAUACCGUUCUAUACCCUCUACUUUAUUCUCACCGGCCUGCACAUCAACUUUGCCAACACUGCCUUCGGGCUGGGAAGACGCUUCCGACGCCUAAACCAGAUGCUCAGCAGCAGCUUCCUGGGCGAGCCGAAGGAUGCCAGUAACGCCCUGAAGCCGCGCAAGAUGAGCACGGUCAAGACAGUAAGCGCGAAUGCAAUGAUGACACCCACCGCCCUGCACUCGAGUCUGACCAAACUGAGUAGCGAAAUGCUGCCAAAUGAAUCCGCAGCCAAGAACAAGGGUCUGCUCAUCCAGACCAUGGCCGACAACCACGAAUCGCUCAGCAAGUGUGUGCUGCUCUUGUCCAACUCCUUUGGCGUAGCCGUACUCUUUAUUCUUGUGUCCUGUCUGCUGCAUUUGGUGGCCACCGCCUACUUUCUGUUUCUCGAGCUGCUCAGCAAGCGGGACAACGCAUAUCUGUGGGUGCAAGCGCUUUGGAUAUUAUUUCAUUCCUUUCGCCUGCUAAUGGUGGUCGAACCUUGCCAUCUGGCCGCCCGCGAGUCCCGCAAAACCAUUCAGAUUGUCUGCGAAAUCGAGAGAAAGGUGCACGAGCCCAUUCUGGCCGAGGCGGUGAAGAAGUUCUGGCAGCAGCUGCUGGUAGUCGACUCAGAUUUCUCAGCGUCUGGUCUGUGCCGCGUCAAUCGCACUAUUCUGACAUCGUUCGCUUCGGCUAUAGCCACCUAUCUGGUCAUACUCAUACAGUUCCAGAAGACAAACGGAUGAGAGCACCGGGCAUAGGUAGAUAUAAAAAGUUGCUUGUUUUAUUAACACUAUUCACUAAACGGAGUUGGUGGAUAUCUGCUGCAACUGGUUAAU